CAAUUACCGGUUUAUAUCUUUUGAACAAAAAUCUUUUCUUACAUACAAAACUACGUUAUGCCUACUACGACAUGCGAGGAACGCUGAUCGAGAAACAGGAAAUUGAGGAUGUAACGGAUGCGUGGGAAUUAUUAUUUAUGGAGUUUACAUCCUUCACGGAUUUCUUCGCAGUUUUGUGGUCCGGAACAAUAAACGAUACCAGGCUUAUGCUGUAUACUAGCAAAGAAGAAUUGAAAAUACCACCAAGAACAAUGCACAGCGUUAUCACUAUGAAGAAAGAUAGAAAUACAAUGUACUGCUGUUACCUAGAAAAUCUUUACCAGGUUAGCGAAUUCCAAUACGAAGAAAACGAAGAAAAUAAAACGGCAGAAUGGAAUCAUGUGCGCGAUUUGCCUCGCUAUGAGAAUGAUGUCAAGGAAAUGGCACUUCAGCUCAAGAUGGAUCAGAACGAUCGUUUCUUGCUAGCUAGCACAGCUAACGGAUUUGUCGUUUGGGACUUUGACACGGAAGAACCCAUCUCUGAGGAAGCCAUAUAUCUUGCAUUACCUCAUGGCGUACGCAAUAUUUCCACCAAGAUGACUCAAUCAAACUCCGUUAUGAUCAGCUCCAAAGUGGAUUAUGCGGUGGCCGGGGUGCGGAAAAAUUUGUACGUUUGGUGCGUCAAAACGAAGCAACUGAUGAAGGUCUUGGAUGCGCAUUUUGGAAGAAUCAUGCAACUUGAAGCGCUGACUAUUGGUACUUGGAACAGCGUUAUUACAUCCAGCAUUGAUAGGUCGGUUAAAAUUUGGAACAUCAACAAUAUUUUCGAACAAGUUCACGUGAUUGACAGACAUGAGCUGCAAAUUGACAGCAUCAGUCUUUCAGAAAAUGGUGAACUGGCGGUAACCGUCACAAGAUGCUGCGUUGGUGUAUGGGAAAUAAGAACCGGACGGCUACUGUCCAAGCUAGCGGACAGUCCUUUGGGAGCUAUUGUAACUCACGCGGAGAUCACACCGGACGGACGAUACAUUGUAUCAUCAGAAACAGGAAAAAUUCUCAUAUGGAACAGAGUGACAGAACAAGUACUUUCACGGGACUCUCAGCCGGGCAUACAGCAGUUGAACUUUUUGGAUAACGGAGAGAAAUUUUUAGCCGUUUCCUGUCCGAAUGCUACGAGCGCAUCGGCUUCAAUGACUGGCGGUGAUGACCAAAAGCUAAUGGCUCAAGUCAAAAUUCGUAGUAUUCCGGAUGGACAAACGAUUUUCAAUUUCGAAUAUCCCGUUCGAUUGGUACCAGGAUUACCAUUCCGAUGUGCUGUGGUGACAGCUGAUGGUCAGCAUAUAGUUUGUACUUCAGUGGAUAAGAAUAACAAGGACUCGGUUUGGGUUUACAAUGCGACCAAUGGCACCCACGAACACAAGAUAUCAUUGAAAGGUUGCAAUAUUAAAGAAGUUGUUUCUCUGCUUCCUCUUCCGCACAAGCCCACACAGGUGGCAGUCAUAACCAAUGAGAAGGGAAGUAUUAUGGACAUUAAAACUAGGAAACAUGUCCGCUCUAUUCCGAAAUGGGGAGGUACAAGCACCAAAGAUGGCAAGUUUGGUCUUUAUGCGCCAUCACGAGGUGGCCUAGAACUACUAGAGCUCAAGAAAGGAUCGACAGUGAAGACUUUCAUUCCCAAAGUCGCUGAAGGUGUAUUUACGGUGAUUUGUAUGUUUACCGACACAGACGAGUACGUUCUUUACUACCACAGUGGUAGAAAAACUUUGAGAGUAUUCCGUACCAGCGACACUGAAAUGAUCGCCAAUUACCGUAUGCAAGCCGAACUCACGGCCAUCAAGAGCACCUCGGAUGGUAAAAGCCUGGUCCUGGGCACUGUCGAUGGUUGUAUUUCCGUGCUGGCUAUUGCUGAUCAGGAAAAACCUGAAAUGCAAGAAUUCCUCAAGCAACUACCUUCACGUGAUGCAAAUUGGAAGAAGAAACUUGCAAAACAGAAGGCAUCUGCCAGGUUCAAAGCCGCGAUGAGAUUGGCUUCCAUCUCAACUCGAUUCGGAACACCGGCAGAUGAAGAUGAGGAUGACGAUGACAAAGACAAUGAAAAUUAAA